GGGACAGGCCGGGAGGCCCCGGCGUGCCCGCCCCGCCCGCGUCCCCGCCGCGCUGCCCGGCGGGGCGAGCCCGCGCUCGGGGCGCCGGGGGGUGCCGGGGCAGCGGCGGGGCGCGGCCCGGCGCUCGGUAACGCCGGCGGGGCCCGGGGCAGCCGCGGGUCUCGGCGGCCCGCGCGGCGCGGCCUGGUCUGGCCCCUGCCCCCGGCGCCGCGCUCCCCGCUCCCCGCCCUCGCCCCCGGCGCGGCGGCGGCGGCCCCGCUCCCCGCAGGCCUGAGGAGGGGCCGCUCCGCACCGGAUCGCGCUCCCCCCGAGCGCGGCGGGCGGUGCUGCCGGAGGCCGCGCUGGAUCCCGGUGCGCCCGCAGCCCGGAGCCCGCAGCCCGCAGCCCGGAGCCCGCAGCCCGGAGCCGGGCGGUGCCGCGUCCCGGAGCUGGCGCCGACGGGCUGUGGGAGCGCGGCGCUUCCCGGGAUCCGUGCCGAUCGCGUGUUUCCUGGUUCUGUGGUUGUGUUCGGGAGAGGAGACUUUGUCGUGCUUUGUAGCUUUGGUGCUUCGCUGGUUGCUGUGCUGGCCUAGCCUGACAAUGAUUUGCAAGGAACAAAUAGUUCAGGAUCAUUGGGUGGUCUUGACGUUCGUAGAAGAAUCCCUAUAAAGCUCAUCUCAAAACAGACCAAUAAAGCCAAACCUGCACCUCGAGCUCCAAGGAGUAUGAACAGGAUGCCUUCAAAGACACAAGCUGGUGAUGAAGAAGAGUUUGAUUAUAACGAGGAGGAGCGAUAUGAGUGCAAAGGAGGUGAAAUGUUUGGCAACCAAAGGAGAUUCCCUGGACCCAUCUUUUGGGACUAUAAGAUAAACUUGCUGGGGGAGAAGGAUGAUACACCAGUCCACUUCUGUGAUAAAUGUGGAUUACCCAUCAAAAUGUAUGGACGCAUGAUACCUUGCAAGCAUGUUUUCUGCUAUGACUGUGCUAUACUACAUGAGAAAAAGGGAGACAAAAUGUGUCCAGGCUGUAAUGAACCUGUGCAGCGCAUUGAGCAGUGUGUCCGAGGGUCUCUCUUCAUGUGUAGCAUUGUUCAAGGGUGCAAGAGAACUUAUCUGUCACAGAGAGACUUACAAGCUCACAUCAACCACCGUCACAUGAGAGCUGGAAAGCCUGUUACUCGUCCUCCGAUCGAACCUGUGCAUCCUCCCAUUGCCCCACCGCCUGCCGAAAUUCCUGAGCGCUUCAUCAUGCCACCUGAGAAACAUCAUAUGAGCCACAUUCCGCCAAAGCAGCACAUCAUGAUGCCACCACCUCCUUUGCAGCAUGUGCCACACGAGCAUUAUAACCAGCCACAUGAAGACAUCCGUGCCCCCCCUGCAGAGAUGGCCAUGGCUCCGCCGCCGCCUCGCCCGGUCAGUCAGGACACCUUCCGCAUUUCAACCAGAAAACACAGCAACUUAAUAACUGUCCCUAUUCAGGAUGAUUCAAAUUCAGGUGCUCGAGAACCACCUCCACCCGCACCUGCACCUGCUCAUCAUCAUCCUGAAUACCAGGGCCAGCCAGUGGUAUCGCACCCUCAUCAUAUUAUGCCUCCACAGCAACAUUAUGCACCACCCCCCCCACCACCUCCACCAAUAAGCCAUCCGCUGCAGCACCCUCCCCAGGCAGCAGGUACUCCUCACAUGGUGUAUAGCCAAGCUCCUCCACCACCAAUGACCUCUGCUCCUCCUCCAAUAACCCCGCCACCUGGACAUAUAAUUGCCCAGAUGCCACCAUAUAUGAAUCAUCCUCCUCCAGGACCUCCCCCUCCUCAGCACGGAGGGCCCCCUGUAAAUGUAAAUGCACCCCCUCCCCAUCACUAUAAUCCUAACUCUUUGCCACAGUUCAGUGAAGAUCAAGGAACUCUUAGUCCCCCGUUCACGCAGCCUGGGGGAAUGAGUCCAGGGAUAUGGCCAGCUCCAAGGGGGCCACCUCCACCUCCAAGGAUGCAAGGGCCUCCUGCUCAGGCCCCACUCCCUGGACCCCACCACCCUGAUCAAGCCAGAUACAGACCCUAUUACCAAUGAUAUGAGCAAUUAUAUGAAUAGAGAGUGCUAUGAAGAGGAUAAAACUAUAUACAACAGCCUUUUAAUUAAUUGUUUUGGGGUUGUUUUGUUGUGGGUUUUUUUUUUUAAUACUGUCGUUUUGACUGUGAGACAUUUUGGGGUUUGAAUCUUAAAUAAUUUUUAAGCCUUGGCUGUAGGACUCUUGACUUCAAAUAUUCUGUAGUGCUAAAAUAAGUGGCUUAGUAGACCACGGUUGCAUUUUAACAGAACUUCUAUCUCUAGUGUGGCUAAAUUGUCCUAAGAUGAACACUUGUAAUAUUAUUUCCUGGAGAAAAUGAACACGUGUUGUACCAUUCUGAAUAUUGUUUUUGUUAAAUCCAGUGUUUAGUUUCACUUGUGAUACGUUUUUGUUAACCUGUGUACAAUAAUUAAAUCAAAAUAUGGUUGUAAAAGUGGUGAGUUUUUAUAUGAAGUUAACACAGACCUGGUUGUGGGGAACCAUUUUUGGCACGAAUGCUUUCCAAAUGGGCAGAGUAAUGAAAUAUUAAGGGAACUUUAAUAUUUCUCCUACUAACAGUUACCAUUACUUAUUAAAAAUUCAGGCUAUGGUGAAUUCAUGGCACUAGAAAUCAGGCAUGCAGAAUACUCCAUUUCAGCUUUUUUUUUUUCUCCUUUAAAUGUAUGCAGCAAAAUACCUUUCGCAGAAACACAGCUUUGGGCAUGACAUGAAACCAGCUAAAAAUGUCUUGUGGGUUUAUUGUUUGGUUUUGUUACCGGUUGUUUGUUUUUCUUAAAGCUAGUUUUGGUUCAGAAGGCUCUGUUUACAUGUACGCUACUCACUGGGGUUGAAUUCAAGCUAUUGUGUUAACCUAUGCUUAUGUUUGUGUGGCAGUGGCUGUGAAUUGGCUUGCCAUGUUUGUGAGAAGCAGAUUAUUUUUGGUAGGGAAGUGGUGUUUGCCUCUGUCACUUUAUAUAAUAUGUACAGUAGGAAAACUUCCCAUUUGGAUAACCAAAAAAAUUGGUCUGAAAUCCCUCUGUAGAUAUAAAGAAAUAAAAAAGCUACACAUCCUU